CACUGGCAGAAGAGUGCGAAAGGAAAGAAAAAUAACCAUAACAAACCGUGCAAUAACAACAAAGAUUAGGAUGAACAACAUGUUUGUGGAAUCAAUUCCUUUGUUUAAAUAUUAAUUGUCGGUUGUGACGUCGUCUUCGCAGGGGGAUGCGCCCCCGAAGUAACGCACACACAAGUACUGCAUAGAGUUUAAAGGUCGGAACCCUGCUCAAUGAAACUGCGCAAACAGAGGCGGAAUUUAAAUGCAUAGGAAUACUAUCAUAACGCCCCGUCAGCUGAUUCACUUGUUUAUGCGGAGGGGUCCCCUAUCUGGCGUAAAUUGAGUGGCGCGAUCCGAUAACCUGCCAUCAUAUAGGCUAUAUACUCAGUGGUCACUCCUGCCUUGUUUACAACCCAACGCACAUCGCACAAUGAGGCUCAAAUCGGGAAUAUUUCUGGUGCUGCUGCUGACCACUCUUCUGGGUCUGGGCGAAUGCUUCUGGCCUUUUAGCAGAAGACGCAGCUCAAGCCCUCCUCCGCCGCCACCAGAGCCCAAGCUCUCGCCUGUGAUUUUCGUUCCCGGAGAUGGAGGGUCUCAAAUGGACGCUCGGCUGAACAAGUCGAACUCUCCCUACUUCGUGUGCCAGAAGACCCACGAUUGGUACAACCUUUGGCUCGAUCUGGAGCAAUUGGUCAUUCCCAUGGUCUACUGCUGGAUAGACAAUGUGAAGUUGUACUACGACAAGGUCACCAGGACCACUCACAACACGCCUGGUGUGGAGACGAGGAUUCCCGGCUGGGGAAAUCCGGAGGUUGUCGAAUGGAUCGAUCCCACCAAGAACAGUGCCGGGGCCUACUUCAAGGACGUGGCCAAUGUGCUGGUGGAUCUGGGCUAUGUCCGCAAGCAGAACAUCCACGGAGCACCGUACGAUUUCCGAAAGGCGCCGAAUGAGAACAAGCAGUUCUUCAUCGAUCUCAAGCAACUGGUGGAGGACACCUACGAGGCCAACAAUCAGUCGGCUGUCACCUUCAUCACGCACAGCAUGGGCAGUCCCAUGACCCUGGUAUUCCUGCAGCAGCAGACGGUCCAGUGGAAGGCCAAGUAUGUCAAGCGAUUGAUCAGUUUGGCGGGAGCUUGGGCGGGCAGCUUUAAGGCGGUGAAAGUGUUUGCCAUGGGUGACGAUCUCGAUUCGUUUGCCCUGAGUGCCAAGAUCCUAAAGGAGGAGCAAAUAACACACCCUUCCACUGCCUGGCUGCUGCCGUCCCCCCUCUUUUGGAAGCCCUCUGAGAUUCUCGCCACGACCCCGAGCAGAAAUUAUACGAUGGCUCAGCUCAAGGAGUUCUUCAACGACAUCGACUACAUGACAGGCUGGGAAAUGCGCAAGGACACGAUUCGUUACAGCCAAAACUUUAGUCCACCUGACGUGGAGCUUCACUGCCUGUAUGGCGAUGGCAUAGACACGGUGGAGAGAUUGCAGUACAAAAAGUCGGCUAUUGCUGGGGAGACGCCCAAGUUGAUUAUGGGUCUGGGCGAUGGAACCGUCAACCAGCGUUCUCUACGAGCCUGCCAAUAUUGGUCUGGCUACUCUAGCUCGCCCGUGAACACACUGGCCCUGCAAGGUGUGGAUCACAUGCAUAUCCUCUCCAACCCAGACGUCCUCAAAUAUGUUCGCACCGUCAUGCAGCAGCCGUAAUGUCGAGUGUCCUGUUUUAAUAGGCUAAGAGUUCUUGACUUUAGACCUUCAAAAUCCCUUGCGGUAUCUGUAAAAUCUAACUAUACAAUCAAUGCCAAUUUUAAUGUUUAAUAAAUGUAUCACGUUAAGUAGCACAAACUCAA